AUGGCUGAAGUUUUACUCAACCAAGCACACGGCUAUGGCAUCAUCAUUGGUUUAUCCAUCUUAUUCUGCUUGAUCAUUCUCGCGGCUGUUCGUGUGCAGAAACGAUAUCUGUCCGAGGAUAGUGAGCAGUCUGAGAUGUUCAUGGUUGCCAAUCGUUCCGUUGGAACAGGCUUGACUGCAUCUGCCGUCUUUUCAAGCUGGAUGUGGAUCAACGAGAGCGUUAUCUGCGCUGCUUAUACCUACAAAUGGGGCGUUGCACUACCAGUUUGGUGGGCAUCGGGUCUUUCCUUCCAAAUCGCUUUGAUGGCUGUACUUGGUAUAGUCGCUAAACUUCGUGUCCCAUACGCACAUACAUCACUCGAAUUCAUGCGGAUACGAUACGGCAGAUACGCUCACUGGAUCUUUAUUGUUCUGAACCUCAUCAACAACAUCUUCGGGUGUGGUAGUAUGAUCUUGGCUGGUGCUCAGUUAGUUACUGGCAUUACAGGCAUGCACAUCGUUGCUGCUUGUAUUUUGAUACCUGCUGGUGUCGUCAUCUACACUGCCGUCGGUGGUCUCAAAGCAACAUUCAUCACGGAUUACCUCCACACUGCGAUUGCUCUUAUCCUCCUGAUUUACUUCUCUCUGUCUGUUCUCACCAAUGAACAUAUCGGAGGUAUCUCAGGCCUCUACCAUAAAGUCAAAGCGACAGAUGACUAUAUCAAAGGAAACUACAUGGGCUCCUUGUUGACCAUGAAGUCGAAACCAGCCGUGCUUUUUGGACUUGUCCUGAAACUUGGUAACUUAGCUCUGGUUCUCAUGGAUACUGCAUUCUGGCAAAAGAGUUUUGCUUCAGAGGUCGAAUCGGUCGUACCCGCCUACGAUCUAGUCUCUGUCGUCAUCCUUGCCGUUCCUUGGUGUACGGGUACCAUCAUUGGGCUUUCGGCAAGAGCGAUUGAGAAAACGCCCAUCUGGUUCGAUUACCCGAAUCUUCUGACAGAAAAACAAGUCAAUUCUGGAUUGGUCAUGCCUUAUGUCGUCCGUUCCCUCCUCGGCAAAGGCGCAACGAGCGGUCUCUUGGUAUUGAUCUUCAUGGCCAUUACAUCUACAGUCUCAUCGUCUGUUAUCGCUGUCUCGAGUAUCAUAUCACAGGACUUUUACCGCUCUUACAUCAACCCAAAAGCUUCUGAUCGCAAAAUCCUGAAGGUCAGUCAUUUUGGCGUCGUCGGUCAUGGAUGCUUCAUGGCAGGUUUCGCAAUCAUGCUGCAGUAUGCUGGCGCCACGAACAACUGGUCGACAUACUUUAGACCCAUUGUCGCUUGUCCUGGUAUCUUCCCUCUUAUGUUGACACUUCUCUGGUCGCGACAAACAAAGGCAGCCGCCAUCUUAUCACCUGUCUUAGGACUUGCAGCAGGUAUUGCGACAUGGUUGAGUCUGUCAUAUGUUUGGGGAGGCACGAUCAACAUCCAGACAACUCAAGAACAACUGCCUGGUCUAUACGGUGCACUGGUAUCAUUCUUCUCGCCAGCACUAUUUUCAGUCAUCAUUUCCCUGGCACGACCUAGUAAAUUCGACUGGAGGGUGUUCCUGAAGAUCGAUCUGAUUGAAGACAACAGUCAACCCAGCACUUCUCUGCCUUCGCCUCAAGAUAGCAAAGAAGAUAUCAACAAGAUUUUAACAGCUCCUCGAGCGGUCCAACAACCUCUCACCGAGAAAGACCAAAUCGCCAUCGAUUCAGAAUCAAAGGCCGGGCUCGUCAGCCCUGCUUCAUCGUUCUCCGCAAGAACUGGCAGUCUUGACGAUAUUUCCCACCCAUUUAGCGAACAAACCAUUCGCCACAUCAAGAAGUGGAGGACCUAUGCUUCUGGAUACUUUGUUGUCAAUUUGCUAGUCACGGUCGUGCUGUGGCCGGUACCUAUGUACCGAGAUUAUAUCUUCACGGUGCCUUUCUUCAAAGGUUGGAUCGUUAUGUCAAUUCUCUGGCACUUUGCCGCUAUGAUGGCUGUCGUUGUGUAUCCGAUCUGGGAUGGCAGACAUGUCAUCCAUACGGUACUGCAAGGGGUCAGAAAACAAUGGAUCAAGAGGUAG